AUGGCUGUUGCGAGAUCCACGUCGGAGCCUGCGCUGGGAAGGAGGAUCACGGCCAGGAAUGCAGCUGAGGCUCGCAUGCUGCGGGUACUUGACCAUCAGUGGGAAAGAAAGGCCAGCUGGCUCCAUGCUCAGCAGCAACGCUUGGAGGUGGCGGGCACUGGAGAUGCUGCCACGCCGAAAGCCGGCGUGAUCCACAAGGACCUCGCACGCACCCGCAUGUGCCGCAGUGACUCGCGACUGGCGAUGUCGAGACCCUUGUCUUCGAUCACUACGAGGAAUGUGACCCGCAACCCACAAGUGGAGUCUGUUAGCCCCAACUUUUUCGGUCAGCGACCUCAGUCGGCCACAGUUCGAAGCCCGUCUGAUGGCUCCCCAGCCAAGCUAGAGGAGAGAAUUCAAAAGGCCGUGUCAAAGAUUGCACAGGGUUUGCAUGUGGCCUUGCUUGGCGCUAGUGCCAGUGAGAUGCACAAAAGGGAGCUCGAAGGAGAGCCACUUCGGAAGAUCCUGCGGGAACCCUCUGAGGAGGAUGCCUGCCGCAUCUUUCGUCAUUUUCUCCGUCUGAAAGAGCAGGAAGCGGACAGGGCCGCGGCAAAACUGCAAAUGCGCCGGCAGAGACUCUUGGAGUGGGGCAAAGAACCUGACCGGGAUGACCCACGGAUCCCGGAUCCACUGUCGCGCCUCGCCUGGACUUCCUUCUUCCGUUGGGUUGAGCAGGAAUCCACGUUGGGAGUCAACCCAGAGUCCCGUCGUGCUUACGCGGGCCUGUUCCGCGGUGCGCGGCUUUGGUUCCGGAAAUGCGCCAGCAUGGCUCAGCGGAAUGAUGGCUUGUCCCUGGGGCUGCUGCUGUCCUUGGCGUACCCAACUGCGUCCAGCCGGGUGGUUGCGGAGCUGCUGGUUUGGAUCGGCGCCCAUGAGCUGGAACAGAUUUGUCAUGAGACGCCGAGAUUAAUUGACGACGAUGAGCGGAAGCAGCUUGAAAGGAUUUUCCACACAGCAUAUGCAAAGGGGCGUGCGUUUGUCACUGUGGACGACAUUGCUGGAGGGGACUUCCGAGACAAGCACACGCAGCUGCAUACCUUGGUGGAUGCCGCGCUGGCGCAGCAAGUCUUCGGCGAUGGGCCGAUAGACCUCCUCAAGUUCUUGGAGUUCAUGUGCGAGUAUGGAUGUCAAGGGCAUGCAGGGGUGGCAGAAGUCACUCUCCCAGAUGGGCUCCGCUUGACCCAUUGCCGAAGACCUGAGUUUCGCUUCCAAGGUUGGCUUGCGACCUUCCCUUCGGAGGCGGAGCUGGCCCGCCGCCGGAUGAUUGAUGGCUUGGAGUUGGAACUGAAGUCCUGGAGAUCUGGUAAGGGCUACUGA